CGGCGGCGGCGGCGGCAGCAGCAGGAGCAGCCCCGGCUGCGGGUCGCGACGGCGGCGGGGCGCCCCCUCCCCCGUGCCGGGGCGCGGCGGAGGGAUGUGGGGCUUUGCGGGAGGAAGGCUUUUCGGCAUCUUCUCGGCCCCGGUGCUGGUGGCGGUGGUGUGCUGCGCCCAGAGCGUGAACGAUCCCGGGAACAUGUCCUUUGUGAAGGAGACGGUGGACAAGCUGUUGAAAGGCUACGACAUUCGCCUGAGACCCGACUUCGGGGGUCCCCCGGUCUGCGUGGGGAUGAACAUCGACAUCGCCAGCAUCGACAUGGUUUCCGAAGUCAACAUGGAUUAUACCUUAACCAUGUAUUUUCAACAAUAUUGGAGAGAUAAAAGGCUCGCCUAUUCUGGGAUCCCUCUCAACCUCACGCUCGACAAUCGAGUGGCUGACCAGCUAUGGGUGCCCGACACAUAUUUCUUAAAUGACAAAAAGUCAUUUGUGCAUGGAGUGACAGUGAAAAACCGCAUGAUCCGCCUUCACCCUGAUGGGACAGUGCUGUACGGGCUCAGAAUCACCACGACCGCAGCGUGCAUGAUGGACCUGCGGAGAUACCCCCUGGAUGAGCAGAACUGCACCCUGGAAAUCGAAAGCUAUGGCUACACCACGGAUGACAUUGAAUUUUACUGGCGUGGCGGGGACAAGGCUGUCACCGGAGUAGAAAGGAUUGAGCUCCCUCAGUUCUCCAUUGUGGAGCAUCGUCUGGUCUCAAGGAAUGUCGUCUUCGCCACAGGUGCCUAUCCUCGACUCUCACUGAGCUUUCGGUUGAAGAGAAACAUUGGAUACUUCAUUCUUCAGACUUACAUGCCCUCUAUACUCAUAACGAUUCUCUCGUGGGUGUCCUUCUGGAUCAAUUAUGAUGCAUCUGCUGCUAGAGUUGCCCUCGGGAUCACUACUGUGCUGACGAUGACCACCAUCAACACCCACCUCCGGGAGACCUUGCCCAAAAUUCCCUACGUCAAAGCCAUUGACAUGUACCUGAUGGGCUGCUUUGUCUUUGUGUUCCUGGCCCUUCUGGAGUACGCCUUUGUCAACUACAUUUUCUUUGGAAGAGGCCCUCAAAGGCAGAAGAAGCUUGCGGAAAAGACAGCCAAGGCGAAGAACGACCGUUCAAAGAGCGAAAGCAACCGGGUGGAUGCACAUGGGAAUAUUCUGUUAACGUCACUGGAGGUUCACAAUGAAAUGAAUGAGGUGGCAGGCGGCGUUGGCGAUACGAGGAAUUCAGCAAUAUCCUUUGACAACUCAGGAAUCCAGUACAGGAAACAGAGCAUGCCUAGGGAAGGGCAUGGGCGAUUCACGGGGGACAGAAGCAUCCCACACAAGAAGACCCAUCUACGGAGGAGGUCUUCGCAGCUCAAAAUUAAAAUCCCUGAUCUAACCGAUGUGAAUGCCAUAGACAGAUGGUCCCGGAUCGUGUUUCCAUUCACUUUUUCUCUUUUCAACUUAGUUUACUGGCUGUACUAUGUUAACUGAGUGACUGUACUUGAUUUUUCAAAGACUUCAUUUAACACUGAGUGAAAUAUUACUCUGCCUGUCAAGUUUUUAUACCUGUACACACACAGACACACACACACGCAGACACACACAUAUAUACAUACGCAAUUGUAUAUAUAUGUGAACUUUCUCAGCAUAUAUAUAAAAUACACGUGUAUAUGAGGAUGUAUGUGUAUAUGUUUAUACACACAGGUUGUAAGUACCCAUGUGUAUAUGAAACAAAUACACAUACAUAUAUACAUUUUGCAGCUAUGGACAAUUUAACACAGGAUGCAUAUUAAAGAAAGUCAGAGUUUUUUUCUUUUUUAAUUGAAAGGGACAAGUAUCAUCUAAAUAUUAUGCCUUGAGAAUGAGGGCGUGAAACACAGUACCAUCCCAAAAUGUGUCUUUUAUUAUCAUGAAGUUAGAUGUUUUAGUUUUAAAAUCAGAACGACAUUCUUAGUUAAUCUUUGAAAACUCAUACAGUGGUAUUGCUGGUUGAAAAUGAGUCACAUACUUCAUAUCCUCUCUUUCAGUUUAGUGAGCGAAGGCUUUAUGGCUGUGCUGGUGAUGGGCUUUGUUUUCUUCAGGCAUACUUUUCCUGUAACGGGUUAGGGGACAGGUGAGUCGCCGGCCGGGCGCUUACCUACUGUCUUAAACAUAGGUACAUCCCAUGUUGAUGUCUGAAUGACCAUCUUUUGAAAACCCAUCAGGAAUGAAUGGCACCUCAGUGUAAGUACUCUAAUAUACAGUGUGUGUUUUUGUUGUUCAUUUGGAGUGGAUCCAGCUUAACUGUCAUGUGGGAACACAGUGGCAUGUUUGGGCAAUGACAUUUCGAUCACCGAAAAUGUGCGCUACAUCUCGUACGGAUUUCUAGGCCUGAUAUCUAACAGAAAGCAUAGACGUCUCAGGUUAUUUGUUACUCUAAGGUAAAACCAUCUAGGAUGAUUUCCCCCCUUGCAGUUACGUUAUCAAUCUUUCUUAUAACAUUGUAUGUUAAUAGAAAAUAUGUUUGCAUAAUAUGCAUAUAUAUGUAUAUUUACCAAGAUUUUGUUCUUAUGCUUGCUACCAUGGCAGCAUGCGAUGUCGGAUUUUCCUUUCUGUGAUAUAACUACUUUCUGUUAUCUAGAAAUUAAGAUUGAAGCUAAAACACUUCUGUUCAGUUUCAGAAACUAAGAAACAUCCUCAUGCUUUUAUUUCUGUAUCGGACAUAUUUCAUAAGCACAUCCAACUAUUCCUAGACUGACUAGGAUUCUGCAGGAACACGACCCAUACACACCACGCAUCACCCCACAACCCAUGACCGUUCUCUGAGGCAAAGGAAGGCAACCUGACAACACGCACAGUUGCUCUGGGUUCCUUCUGAUCCACAGCCUCCUCAGUAUUUGGACUUUUUAAAGCUCGUAGAAACAAGACAAGGUGCACCGGUUUCAUAGACGCAACCUUAACUUACUAUUUAGAUGAGAUCUUUCUAAAGAAAA